UGCGUUUUGGGAUCGUGAGUUAAGAAGAAGUUAAUUGGGUUGCAGGGUAGUAGAAGAGGAGUGUAGAGCAGAAUCAGAUCGAGAUUGAAGUGUGGGUUACUGCGACUCUCUGCAUCCCCUCCUCUGUUGGAUCCUUCAUCAGAGAGACAAACGCACACGACACGAUGAAUUUCCUGAUGCGCUCCUCCACGCACGUGUACUCCGAGAGGGAAAAGCCCUCGUCCACGGCAACGACGGCGACAACUCCGACCACUCCGGAACUUGGCGCUUCUUCUUUGGAGAGUCUCAUGACCGAUGACCCCUAUGCCGCAGUGCAACACUUCGACGGCGAGGUCGAUGGCCAAAACGGCGUCGUCGGGCAGGGUUCCAGAAACGACGCUCCCGUUUUGGCUAAGCACUUGGAUGUCUCCGAACACGAAGGAUGGAUCACCAUUCCUUACAAAGAUCUACCUGAAAACUGGAAUCAUGUGGCGGAUAUGCAGUCUUUGCGCUCCCUAGAUCGUUCCUUUCUCUUUCCUGGCGAACAAGUUCAUAUCGUAGCGUGCCUGUCUGCUUGUAAGCAGGAUAUGGAGAUUAUUACUCCAUUUAAGGUUGCUGCCGUGAUGAGUAAGAAUGGCAAAAGUCAUGGCCCUGACAAAGAAAAUGGAAAUGUUGAAAACCAAAAUGAUUUGGUAUCUGGAGAAGGACAAGAGCAGAAAGAGGAAAGCCUGGAAAAAGUGAAGACUGAUCACUCAGCAGGUGUUUCUGCUGGUGAAUCCCUUCUAAGGAUGGAGGUUCACAAAAGACAAACUGCAUUACUGCUGCAAAAAUUUGAGAAUUCUCACUUCUUUGUGAGGAUUUCUGAGUCUGAUGAGCCACUUUGGUCUAAACGAGGUUCUUCAAAAAAGUCCAACUCCUCUGAACGGAUUGCAUCAUUUGAAAUGAAAGAGACUGUGAAAAAUGCAUCUUCUAUUAGUGCAGUUAUUGAUAGAGCAAAUUUUGAUGCAACUAUUUCUGGUGGAGUGGCAAGAAAUUCUGUCAAGUGUUGUGCUCUACCAAAUGGAGACAUAGUGGUACUUUUACAGGUGAAUGUUGGUGUUGAUUUACUUAGAGACCCUUGUAUAGAAAUUCUUCAAUAUGAGAAGUAUCAGGAGAACAUAUUGUCUUCUGAGAACCAGGACAAUUUAGUUCACACAAAUCAGGAUCCAUGUGGAGCCCUAUUAAAAUGGAUACUUCCAUUAGACAACACUGUUCCCCCUGCUUCUCGCCCGUUAUCUCCGCAGUUAUCUUCAAAUUCAGGAAUCGGCAACACCUCUCAGAGGUCCAAUUUUUCAGCAUCAUCUGGCUCUCAAUUAUUUUCGUUUGGUGGCCAUUUUAGAAGUCACUCCUUGUCCUCAUUACCCCAAAAUACGAGUGCACCAACUGCCCCUUUAAAAGCAGCUAGCUCUAAGCCAAACUUUGACAUUGAAGAUUGGGAUCAAUUCUCGUCUCAGAAUCUUUUUAAGAAAAAAAAUGGAGUUGAAGAACUUUUAUCUUUUCGAGGUGUAUCAUUGGAGCGAGAAAGGUUUUCUGUUUGUUGUGGAUUAGAAGGUAUCUACACACCCGGAAGAAGGUGGAGAAGGAAAUUUGAAAUAAUACAACCUGUAGAGAUUCAUUCUUUUGCAGCUGACUGCAAUUCAGAGGAUCUUUUGUGCGUCCAUAUAAAGAAUGUUGCUCCUGCACAUGUUCCAGAUAUUGUGAUAUACAUAGAUGCCAUAACAAUAGUUUUUGAAGAAGCUACAAAAAGUGGACCACCAUCAUCGUUGCCAAUUGCUUGUAUUGAAGCUGGAAAUGACCAUUCUUUACCAAAUUUAGCCCUCAGGAGAGGUGAAGAGCAUUCUUUUAUCCUUAAACCUGCAACUUCUAUGUGGAAGAAUCUAAAGGCUCAGGAUGAAAGCUCUCAGUUUUCAAAGUUGCAAUCUCCAAACUCAGCAUCAAAAUCAAGUCUUUCCUCUAAGAGUCUUGACAGAACAAAGAUUGCUUCAGUUGACGAUCAGUAUGCUAUUAUGGUGUCUUGUCGAUGCAAUUAUACAGCAUCAAGACUAUUCUUUAAGCAAGCAACCAGUUGGCGACCACGUACAUCGAGGGAUAUUAUCAUCUCUGUUGCUUCUGAGAUAACAGGAGAGUCUCCUGGACCUUAUGAAAGAAAUUCUCAACUUCCUGUGCAGGUUUUAACUCUUCAAGCUUCAAAUUUGACAUCUGAAGAUCUAACUUUGACAGUGCUUGCUCCAGCCUCAUUUACUUCACCCCCUUCAGUGGUCUCUCUGAGUUCACCCACCAGUCCAAUACCUUUCAUUGGUUUCACAGAGUUUUUAGGAAGGUUAAAUGGUGAAAAACAUUCUGGUGCCAGCCAGGGGGGAAGCUUUACUUCUCUCAUAAAAGAAAAUGAGAACCAAAAUGAUGAUGUCAGACCUCAGUCAGUUUCAAUGAAUGAUGAUCUCAUUCCUAGUUCUGGCUUGAGUUGUACACAUCUUUGGCUGCAGAGUAGAGUUCCACUCGGAUGUAUCCCCUCUCAAUCCACAGCCACCAUUAAGCUUGAGCUACUUCCAUUGACAGAUGGCAUAAUUAAACUAGACUCCUUGCAAAUUAAUGUCAUGGAAAAAGGAGUUACCUACAUCCCUGAACGCUCGCUAAAGAUAAAUGCGACAUCUAGCAUUUCCAAGGGGAUUAUGUAAGAUGGACUUAGGCUGGUUGCAUUUUUUAUUAAGCAUGUUAUCCAGUACAGUGGAAACAAAUAUGGACAUUUGUUUACCGGGAUUUAAAAUUGUUCUUCCGACAUACUCUCAAUGGCACAAAGGUAUCUUCCGUUAUUGUAGCAUUGUGGUGGAGUUGGCGUGUUAAUUUGUCUAGAAAUAGAGGUUCACUUUUGUGUUGUAAACCACGAGCUUAAAAUAGAUGAUUGUUACAUACCCCUUUAAGGGGAAGAAUGUAAUUUUUAUAGAUAGAUCUAUUUUUCUGUGAAGAUGUACUUAUCCGUCUCUUCAGAGUGAAAGCAAUGAAUCGACUCUCGAUUCAUAGCAGUUGGCAGCUGCAAUUCAGUGCUUUUCUAUUGAUCACCAGUGGAAGCCUUGUAUUCAUGAAAUGCUACUUUACAUUUUGUUGUUAUUUUUUUUGUUUUACAUUAUUACACAUGUUUGAUGUGACUGCAUCUAACUCAAGUUGAUUGUAGUUUUUUUUUUCCUUGUCAAAGGUAAGUGACCAUUGAAAUUGCGUAGCAUAUUUAUGGAGAAUAUUUUAACGAA